GGGCUGCUUCGGGUGACUUUGGUUGCUGCUCGGCGACACAGAAAGGAGCGGUAUUCUUCGGCGAGGAGCCAGGUGAGUGCGAGCCGGUUGAGAAGACCGCACUUUUGCUUCGCCACGCUUCCGUGGCUUUCCCCAGAAUGGCUCAAAAGUCGACUUUAAGUGGGUAAAGUGAAAUUAUAUCCUAUCGACUUCGAGAUGGGGGAUCCCGGCUUAGCUUUGCUUCGCCAGUGCAAUCAAGAAAAAGAUUUAGACCUCAUUUCCGGUGUUAAUGGAAAGAAAGAGUCAACGUCAGAAAGCAAGCUUCAGAAGCAAAUAUGCCAGAUUGUUCUCAAUCACUUCGAGAAGCAGUACUCUGAAGAGUUGGGAGGAGCAUGGAAUUCAGUCAGGAAUGUUCUUACAACACCUCAGUACUGGCAAUAUGCAGUCCUCCUUAAUAAAUUCAGUUGCUCUUCUGAAAUGGAGUCUUAUUUGUGUUUAAAGAACUAUCGCCUCCUUUUCACAAGACCUUCAUCCUCUUUUCCACAAUCAUUGAAGUGUUACAUCAGUGAUGCUCCUGGAAAAUUCCCUGCUCAGAAACACAGAGAUGGACAAUUAAAACAGUAUUACUUGCUAAAUGCAGCCUCUCUGCUGGCAGUACUGGCUCUGGAAGUAAAGGAUGGAGAAAAAGUGUUGGAUAUGUGUGCUGCCCCAGGGGGUAAAUCAAUAGCCACUCUGCAAUAUGCUUGCCCAGGGCUUUUACAGUCAAAUGAAUAUGAUAACCUGAGAUUCCAUUGGUUGAAGCAGACACUAGAAUCCUUCAUUCCAGAAUCUUUGAUGAGCCUAAUUACUGUUUCUCUGAACGAUGGAAGAGAAAUAGGAAAUUGUCAGCCUGAAAAGUUUGAUAAGAUCCUAGUGGAUGCUCCUUGCUCAAAUGAUAGAAGUUGGUUAUUCUCUUCUGAUACCCAGCGGGCUACUCUGCAUUUAGCACAAAGGAAGCUAUUAUCUGCUGUACAGAUACAACUGCUCAGAUCUGCAAUUAAAGCUUUGCGUCCUGGAGGAUAUCUGGUUUAUUCUACGUGUACUCUUUCUAAGGCAGAGAAUAAUGAUGUCAUAAAUCAUAUCCUUGAUUCCUGCAGCAAUGUUUUGCCAGUGGAUUUGCACACCCUACUCACUUCAGUAUCCAAGGAAUUCAGUUUUGCUUCAAAUGUCCAGCAGCAUGAACUUUUAGUACUUCCAGAAAGAGGGAAAGCAUGGGGACCAAUGUAUAUAGCUAAAUUAAAGAAAAUAUGAUUAACGAAA